GAACACACUGCGCUCCUCUGUGCUGCCAGGCGCCUCUUCUGUACGCGGGAGAGGACAAGCACCGGACUGGUUAUUAAGCACGGAGAGACGAAGGAAAAUAACCCGACUCGAAGGAUAUUAAAUCAUUUUUACGAGCUUUUCGUCAGGAGUUCCUGUUUUUUUUUUUUUUGCGGGUGCCGUCUUGGCGCGUUGGCCUGUCGUGCGUCUUGUCUUUGUCAAUGGUUUUAAACGCUGAGCGUCAUGUUUGUGGAGCCUUCAGCUGGGAUGUAGCGGAGGAUAAACGCUCCUAAACCCGCGUUAUAGUCGCUUUUUCAUUCAGCGGGAAUAUAGUGACAUUUGUCGGAGGCAAACUACAUUUCAAACGGCUGGUGCUGGUUUAUGGAAAGUGAAACACUUCUCUGAAAGUCGACAGAGUUUUUUUUUUAACAUUGAUGGUGGGUUGUCUUAUGAUGACCCCCGCCUGGAGGUCGUAGCUGACCCUUCUUAUUUCCCUCCACAUCACUGCCCCUCAAACCAAUGAUGACUAUGAGCUCUAUAUCGGACACUUUAGUCCCGCCUGAUCCGUCCAAAUCGGCGUUUUUGGAGUUCGGCGGCCACGGCUACCCGGGACCCCAGCAGCCCUCCCCCGGCCUGUCCCACAACCAUUACCCGGUUCACGGUCUGCACGCCGUCGGGCCGUCGCAGCACGACGGGCCCUUCUCCUCCGGCGCAUCCUCGUACGGUCGCCCGCUGGGAUACCCGUCCUAUCACAGCCCGGUGAGCGCGCACCACCCCGGGGCUUACCUGCCCUAUCAGCACGGGGGUCACGGCGGCGCGCUUGGACACACCAGACUGGAGGACGCGGAACACGAGAAGCCCACGGCGGUGAUCGAGAACGGGGAGGUGAGGCUGAACGGGAAGGGGAAGAAGAUCCGGAAGCCUCGGACCAUUUACUCCAGCCUGCAGCUCCAGGCGCUCAACCAGCGCUUUCAGCAGACCCAGUACCUCGCCCUGCCCGAGAGGGCCGACCUGGCAGCCAAACUGGGCCUGACGCAGACCCAGGUGAAAAUAUGGUUCCAAAACAAACGAUCCAAAUACAAGAAGAUCAUGAAGAACGGGCCCUGUGGACCUGAGGGGGACCACCUCGCCCCGCCACCACCAUCCUCCUCUUCUCCAUGCUCCCUGUGGGACAUCAGCAUGGCCGCCAAAGGCGCGCCGGUGCAUUCUGGAGGAUACAUGAACAAUUUUGCUCACUGGUACCCUGGACACCAGCAGGACUCCAUGCCGAGGACUCAGAUGAUGUGACAGACAGGAGGACGCGACACUUCCGGGACAUAUAGUGGAUUUAUACCAGCAAGCUGACUGGAGCUGUUAGGGACAUGGACAUUGUUAAGAGUCCGAGCCGCUCUGGAGGCAAAAAUAAUGAAACUGGCAGAGAUCAAUUGCAGUGACCUGAUAUGUGGCUAAUUUACUUUAAGAGCUAAGAAAAUUGUAAAGGACAGACAGCUAUUAAGAUAAUUACAAAUUUGAUAGAAAAUAUUACUUUGAAUUUAACUUGUUUCCAGCAUUCACAAAAUAUGUCAUCAAGACUGUAACCAUAGCAAUGAGGUAGACCCGGCUACAUGAUUUCACCACUGCAACCACAACAGUAUAAAUAAACCCAGUAAGACUGCUAAUGAGCUUCCAACCAGCCGUCAGCUGCCGACUAAAGGUGGUUAGCUGUGCGUCUGCAUCUGUGAUGUCCAGCACAUCCUGAUAAGAAAUGAACAAAAUGGCUCAGACCUCAGUGCCGGAGUGAUUAGCCAGAUAUGAAUAGUGCUUAAUUGGUCAGAGCCUCGACUGUGAGGACUGAAUACUCAGACCUGACAGCCUGUAGAUCGGAGGACUGAGCAUUAGCUGCCAUGCAAAUCCUACCACUCUGCAGCAAACUGACAAAAAACUGCAUUCCAGCCACAAACCAUUGAGUAGUUAGCCUAGCAGACCUUCCAAAGCGAACAAACCAUGCUGGUCUACAGCUGUGUAAGGCUAGGUAACCUUUCUGAAAUGUCCCGAGUUCCACAAAAAGGAGAUGAUUUUUUUAUGCUUUUAUUUGUAGUCUAUUAUUUCACUGUGUUUCACUGAUGUCAAUGUUUUUGUUAUUGGUAAUUGUGUGUAUUUGACUCCACUUAUUAAGAUUUAGAGUUACUGUGUUUCUUUGCUGAACAGCAGCCUCACAAUGACAGGAUAACGCCAACAGGCAGCUUUCCAUGUAGCAGUAGACCAGAGUAAGACAGUCAGAGAAGUGACUCAGUCAUGUCCUUCACACAGCAACAUCUGUCCAGCUGGUUAAAGUUAAUAUUAGCCAUGAUAAGCUACUGGUCACCCCUCGUUUUGUAAGGCUGUGACAGUGUGUCCUGAAUGGAGUAAGGGUUGGAUUAAUUGCUAAUGAAUUCCACAUUUGUAAGAGGAAGAUCAUGCUGUUUCUUCUUUCAAACGCUGACAUCGUCUCACUUUAACACAGCCAGUCCGGUUAUUUCUGUCUCCAGAGGAGCUCUGCCUGCCAAGACUUUUCUGAUAAAGCUACAACUCAACGCCGGCCCCGCGUCCCUCUCUCUGGACGUUUCAGGUGCUUCACUGUCUGUCCAGCUGGUUGCAGGGAGGGCAGGCACACGUGUUAAAACAAGGGUUCUUCAGGGUUUCUGCGUAGUUCUUCUUCAUGGGACGGUACUGAUUCAAAGGAUGCUCCGGUUUGCUAACGUUAAAACAACGCAUGAAAUGAAGAAAAGCUCAUUCAAUCCAGACCAUUGUGUGUAUUUUAGAAAUGCUGACAGGGGGUAACACUUGAGCGGUUCUGUGUAGUAUAAAGAGCUUUAAAGAGCCAUUAUGACACAGCACCAACAGGGGCUCUGAUGGGCUAUAUGAACAAGCAGCCUACUUAUAAUCCCCCUUUUUAGGAGUAUAUGGGAAAUAGGUACUUAAUGGACACGGCUACUUAAUUGUAUAAGUCAAAUUUUAUAUAUAUAUUUUGAUAAUAAUAAAAGAUGUCAAACAGGUGAAAGAUCAAGAUAGAAAGGUUUUGGAAAAUCUCACAUGUAUUAAACAAAUCACAGCAGGUCAUUAAAGACGUUUGUGUUGAUUAUCAUAAUGCAUUCCUCUGACUCGAUUUCAAUGAGGGGGCUAAAACUCAGUUUUGCCCCCUGAAGCUGGAUUUUAGUCAGGUUGGAAUCUUUGCAGGUGAACAGCGAGCUGGCAGCUGCAGGGACUUUGUCAGGCUACACAACAGGAAUAAAUUCUCAUUGUGAACAUUUCACUUUUAUUUUCUUUUUUUUCUCCGAUGGUUGCUGUCAGUUUAAAUGUUUCAUCCCUUUUUUUCUGUUGUCCUGUUGAGACCCUCUGAAACUCCUCAUGACCUGCAGUUUGCAGUCAAAUAUAUAAGCCAUGAUCUGUUGACUGGAAUUUAUUCAACAACCUCUUCAAAUACUGAAUUAAUAUUUUGCCGAUAAUAUAUUGGCUGUGGGUCAGUAUGAGCUAUGUCAUUUGAAAUAAAUCAAACCCAGUGAUCAUUGCCACCCUAUUUCAUUUUGUUUAUUUAACUUUCGGCCGACAGUGGAAAAGAUUUGUUUUUGCACAACAGAUGAUAUCAAAAUAAGGCUUCAGUAAUGUGUAAAAUAACAUCGUCCUUCUCAGCGUAAGGUCUCUGUGUGCCCCAGAGGCCUGGAGCCAUUUUCUGUAAAGUCAUAAAUCAGAAGGAGCGGGUCACGUCUUUCGCCCCGCAAACAUCUGGAAAAGCAAAAAGAGUCGUCAAACAUCGUCAAUGGUUUUAUAAAAUGACCACGUCAAUUAUAGGUAAUUUAGGACACAGCUUGUUAAAUAAAGCUUUCACUCUGACGCUGUAAUUAUCUGUAAUUGUCAGUCAAGGGAAUAUCCCUCCGCCUCGGGCCCUGAAGGAAAAGUCUAGGAAGUAGUGGAUUACAUCAAACUGGAUUACUGAGGGCUAAUCUUUUCACAACAAAUUCAUCUGUUGAAUGAAUAU